CCCGUGCCCGUAGGUGUAGGAUUAUCGGUAGGUUAUCAUGGAGGCGCAGCAGUCCGGCAUGGCCGAUCUCGCCGCCCGCCUCACCAAGCGACUGGCAGACGCGAACAGCAACGGCAACCUGGUCUUCUCGCCGCUCUCCAUCUAUGCCGUCCUUGCGCUCCUGGCCGCCGGCGCCGGCGGGGACACCCUGGAAGAGGUCCUCGGCGUCCUAGGCGCGCGGUCACGCCGUGAGCUAGAGGACUCCGUUACGCGUCUCCUGGACGGCCCCCUCAGGGACACGUCUGGGUCCGGCGGGCCGAGCGUGGCGUUUGCACACGGCGUGUGGAGCGACCUGACGCGGCCGCUGAAGCCGGCUUACCGCGAAGCCGUCGUCGGCACCUACAAGGCCGAGGCCGGCGUCGUCGACUUCAGGAACGAUGCAGAGGAGGCGAAACGGCGGAUCAACGCAUGGGCUGCGGAGGCGACGAGGAACCUCAUCGGGUCCGCCGUUCCUCCGGGACCCAUGCACCCGGACACCAAGCUCGUGCUAGCCAACGCCAUCUACUUCAGGGGUAAAUGGGACCUUCCUUUCGACGAGAGAUGGACCGAGAACAAACUCUUCUACCGGCUCGACGGCACCGCCGUGGAUGUCCCUUUCAUGACCAACUACGACGACAGGCACUACAUCGGCGAGCACGACGGGUUCAAGGUGCUGAAGCUACGUUACAAGAGGUCGUCCUACACACGGUUCCACCACUGCAUGUGCAUCUUCCUCCCGGACGCGCGCGAUGGCCUGGCGAGCCUGAUGGACAAGAUCACGUCGUCCCCAGGCUUCCUCCGCGAGCACCUGCCACAGAGGAUGGUGAAGGUCGGCCAGUUCAGGGUGCCCAAGUUCGAGCUCACCUUCUGGAGCAGCGUCACCACCAUACUCAAUGACAUGGGUCUCCGGCUUCCUUUCGGCCCAGAGGCCGACCUCUCCGAGAUGCUGGAGGACGAUGGCUCCAACUUGCCGUUCCUCCUGCAGGAGGUCUUCCAGAAGGCUGUCAUCGAGGUCAACGAGGAAGGAACCAGAGCUGCGGCUGUCACCAUGGCUCCUGCGUAUAGUCCGACUUGCGCUCCAGAUUAUUCGCGGAGAGUGAAUUUCGUCGCCGACCACCCGUUUGCCUACUUCAUCAUCGAGGAGGGGUCAGAUGCCGCAGUCAUGUUCGCGGGACAUGUUGUCGACCCUAGCAACGGUACCGGGGUGGCGAUUCAGUCCCCUGCCCCGUUCAAGGAGUCCGCCACAACAAAACCAAAAUUGGACGAGGCCAGUGAUGAGGUGAACAACAGAUGGACAAGUCCAACAUGCCCUGCAUACAGUUCGGUGUAUAAUCCAUUUCUCAUAUCGCCGGAAUACAGGCCGACUUCCCCUUCGUACGGUCCAGUAUCACCGGUAUACGUGCCGACAUACCCUGCAUACGCUCCAGUUUCGCCGGCAUACAGGCCGACUGUUCCGUCUGAGUUAAACAGGUUCAGUCCAUCGCCGGCGUACACAAAACUCGACGAUGGGGUCGGUCCAUAUCAGCCGAAAGAGGCGGAGGUAAUGAGCAGCGGCAGCCUGCCCAAGGCCACGGCUGCACAGGGAGAAGGGACCGGAGAAAAUGCGUUACCCCUAGAGAAAACAGAGUAA